GGAAGCCGAAGUAAAAAGCGGUCUGAGAAUCGUUCUGGGGCGAUCGUUCCACGAGCAAGUAGGCGCUUGGAUUUCGCCGGAGGGAUGUACCAGUGGAGGAAAUUCGAGUUCUUCGAGGAGAAAUUCGCCGGAAAAUGCUCGAUCCCCGACGAAGUCGCCGGAAAGAUCACGUGCUCUUCGAGCGGGAGGGGCAAGAUCGUGGUCGGCUCCGACGACGGCAACGUCAGCCUCCUCGAUCGAGGAUUGAAGUUCAACUAUGGCUUCCAAGCUCACUCCUCAUCCGUCGUCUUCAUCCAGCAGCUCAAGCAACGCAACUUCCUAGUAACUGUUGGGGAAGACGAACAAGUUUCUCCUCAGCUAUCGGCAAUGUGCCUCAAGGUUUUUGACCUCGACAAGACACAGCCAGAGGGAUCAAGCUCUUCGAGUGCUCCUGAAUGUGUCCAGAUUUUGCGGAUAUUUACUAACCAGUUUCCUGAAGCAAAGAUUACAGCCUUUUUAGUUCUGGAGGAAGCACCACCGAUAUUGCUUAUAGCAAUUGGAUUGGACAAUGGUUGCAUUUAUGGCAUCAGAGGGGACAUUGCACGGGAGCGUAUCAAACGCUUCAAGCUUCAGGUGGAUAAUCAUUCAGACAAAAGUCAAUCUGCUAUAAUGGGUUUGGGGUUUCGGGUGGAUGGUCAAGCUACUCAGUUAUUUGCAGUAACUCCAACUUCUGUGAGCUUGUUUAGCUUGCAGACUGAACCAUAUAGUCGGCAUACCCUAGAUCAGAUUGGAUGUAAUGCUACUGCUGUGGCAAUGAGUGACCGCUUGGAGCUAAUUAUUGGCAGAGAGGAAGCUAUAUAUUUCUAUGAAGUCGAUGGUCGUGGCCCUUGUUGGGCCUUUGAGGGAGAGAAGAAAUUCAUUGGAUGGUUUCGUGGAUAUCUUUUAUGUGUUAUUGCAGAUCAAAGAAGUGGAAAGAAUACUUUCAACAUUUAUGACCUAAAGAACCGCUUAAUUGCCCACAGUUUGGUUAUUAAGGAGGUUUCUCAGAUGCUUUGUGAAUGGGGUAACAUUAUACUUAUAAUGGAAGAUAAAUCAGCUCUAUGCAUUGGCGAGAAGGAUAUGGAGAGCAAGUUGGAUAUGCUCUUUAAGAAGAACCUCUAUACCGUAGCUAUCAAUCUUGUUUCAACUCAGCAAGCUGAUGCUGCUGCAACAGCUGAAGUGCUGAGGAAGUAUGGGGAUCAUUUAUACAGCAAACAAGACUAUGAUGAGGCUAUGGCUCAGUACAUCAGCACCAUUGGUCACCUUGAACCUUCAUAUGUGAUACAAAAGUUUUUAGAUGCUCAAAGAAUCUACAACCUUACAAAUUACUUGGAAAAAUUACAUGAAAAAGGGCUUGCAUCAAAAGAUCAUACAACUCUUCUGUUAAAUUGCUACACUAAAUUGAAAGAUGUGGACAAGCUUAACGUGUUCAUAAAAAGUGAGGAUGGUGUUGGAGAGCACAAGUUUGAUGUUGAAACUGCAAUAAGGGUUUGCCGUGCUGCCAAUUAUCAUGAACAUGCAAUGUAUGUAGCAAAGAAGGCUGGGAGGCACGAAUGGUACCUAAAGAUCUUACUUGAAGACUUGGGUAGUUAUGAAGAAGCUUUGCAGUAUAUUUCUAGUCUCGAUUUGAGUCAAGCUGGGGUGACAAUAAAAGAAUAUGGGAAAAUUCUUAUAGAGCACAAGCCUGUUGAAACUAUUAGAAUACUCAUGAGGCUUUGCACAGAGGAGGGAGAACCAGCUAAGAAGGGUACCUCAAGCAGUACAUACAUGCCCAUGCUACCAUCACCUGUCGAUUUUCUAAACAUAUUUAUUCAUCAUCCAGAGUCACUUAUGGAUUUUCUUGAGAAGUACACAAAUAAAGUGAAGGACUCACCUGCUCAAGUAGAAAUUCAUAAUACGCUCUUGGAGUUAUACUUGUCUAAUGACUUGAGCUUCCCGUCGAUUUCACAAGGUAAGAUUGGUGAACGUAGUAAUUUCGGAGGGGAAGGACCAUCAGUAGCAGCUGUAAUGUCAAAAGCGAAGUCCAAUGGCAAAUUGAGUGUGGAUAAUAAGGAUUUAAUUAAAGAAAAGGAUCGUCAAGAAAGACUUCAAAAGGGGCUUCGCUUGCUUAAGAAUGCGUGGCCAUCUGACCUAGAGCAUCCACUAUAUGAUGUUGACCUUGCCAUAAUUCUGUGUGAAAUGAAUGCAUUCAAAGAAGGGCUAUUAUAUCUAUAUGAGAAGAUGAAACUCUAUAAAGAAGUGAUUGCUUGCUACAUGCAGGCUCAUGACCAUGAGGGCUUGAUUGCAUGCUGCAAGAGGCUGGGGGAUUCAGGUAAGGGAGGUGACACAUCGCUGUGGGCAGAUGUACUAAAAUACUUUGGUGAACUAGGGGAAGAUUGCUCAAAAGAAGUGAAGGAGGUUUUGACUUACAUCGAGAGAGAUGACAUCUUGCCUCCUAUAAUUGUUCUCCAGACCCUGUCCAGAAACCCCUGCCUCACUCUCUCUGUCAUCAAAGAUUACAUAGCUAGAAAACUUGAACAGGAAUCGAAGCUAAUAGAAGAAGACAGGCGAUCCAUUGAGAAAUAUCAGGAAGAAACUUUGGCAAUGAGAAAGGAAAUCCAGGAUCUAAGGACAAAUGCCAGGAUCUUCCAGCUUAGCAAAUGCACUGCUUGUACUUUUACCCUUGAUCUUCCUGCUGUCCACUUUAUGUGCAUGCAUUCUUUCCAUCAGCGCUGCCUUGGCGACAAUGAGAAAGAAUGCCCUGAGUGUGCUCCAGAGUACAGAUCUGUCUUGGAAAAGAAAAGAAGCUUAGAGCAGAACUCCAAAGACCAAGAUCGGUUCUUCCAGCAAGUUAAGAGUUCAAAGGAUGGAUUUUCUGUGAUUGCCGAGUAUUUUAGUAAGGGAAUCAUUAGCAAAACAAGUACUGGAGCAAAUGGCACACUUAGGCCAGGCAACACUUCUUCCAGCAGUGGCUUCUAGUGGCUUCUCAGUAUUGUGCUUCUUUGUAUUCACUCUUUUAUGCGCUGUCUUGCAAGCAUUUGUGAACCUUGUUAAGGAGUUUUGAAUGUGGGUCAAAAUUGAGUGACUUUGGGAUUUCUCUGCAAUUUGUGGCUAUUAGCAAAGAGAAUUAGCUGGUAGAGCUCCAAUUGAUCUGGUCUCCAGGAAGAGAGAACUUCUGAGGUUUCUCAUCAGAGAAAAUACAGGGGAAGGUUAUUGAGUGUGUUGUAUAUUGAAACUAGCUGGUGUAGUAUCAUACAGAGAUAUCUUGCCUGAUUUUCUGUCGAGUGAGUUAUAUGGUCUAUAUGUUCAAUCUUUCCUGCAAAUCAAAUAAUUUUGGUGAUUUCUGUUCACUACAUUUUUUGGUUCCUUGAUGGGCGGGCUAGAAUCCAUAUAGCUGACCCUACCUGGUGGAUUAAGACUUCCUGUUGUUGUGAUUUGCUUGCUGUCUGUCAGCAUCAUCACACAUUAUGUGAUCGUGCACUAGUUCCCUGGCCUACAUAUUAUUCGCAUCAACUAGUCACCAGUUAAUCAUUUCAGCAUGCAGAGAACUUGUCGAGUUCAAACUGAUUAUGUCUUUAUGGAGUUUGGUCCCUUCUGGUUGAUUUAUGUUCAGCAAUGCAGGUUAUUUUGUAAGGCCGAUCCAUCAUAUUAAAAAUGAUACUUUGCAACAUUUGUUUCAAUCACUUUCUAUGGUAUAUCUUGUAUUUGUAAUCGGUUGACAAAGUGUCCAAAAUGAUUCAUAAUCUUUCAUGGCUUUUAUGUGGAUUAGUCUCACUUUUUGAUA